AUGAUCAUCUCUGUCAUCUCGCAUGUGCAUAUGCAAUGCUCCCAGAGCGUGCAUGAACUCGUGCGCAACAGUGCCAAUAACAAUACAGCCUUGAGCCAAUAACGUUUGUUCGUUUCCCUUCAUCCCGACUGACGAAUAACAUCCAGAUCCAUCAAAAACUUGAAUACGAUUAGGUGCUGUAGGAUUCUCAACAAAGUCGAUACAUGUACGACUACUGAGAUAUUUGAGCGUUGAUCUAAUGUAAGCUUGAUUUGCCGCUCCUAUACUGGCGUCGAAAUAGUAAAAAACCGUAUUGUUCUCCCAAUUCUUAGAAAUCGAUGAGAUCUGACGUUUCUUGCGAGCACCACCUUCAUCAUUUUCAUUUUCAUUUUCGAGUGCACUUAGUUCUUCGUCUGUAAGAAGGAUAUCACCCUCAAACAGGUACUCAUCAAGACCUUCCACACUGUUCACAGCUACAAUAGACGAACCAUCCGAACCACUUGACAUCUCUUCUCCUGCAAGUGCUCCAUCCUCUCCGUUGGGAAUAGGAAGGGUAGGGACCGGUCUUGUACUGUUUGAUCGAACUCUCCCCCUGUGUCCACCAAGUUUCUGUAGCCUUUCGUGGCGUUUUUCAAGAUCGACAUUUGGAAGUGCCUGA